UUCCCUUUGUCACUUGUGAUUUGUUGUCUCACUUCUCCCACAAUUUUUCUUGCUCUGCAGAAGAGAAAAAUCCAAAUCUAGAAGGCAGCAUUCCUCCUCUUGUUCCCAAGUUUUUGCACCCCAUUUUCAACCAAAACUUCCACAUAUUUUCCUGGUUUUUGUGGAACAGAAGCAGGCUUGUGAAUGACGAACCAGAAAAUGGUGAUCCCCGACGCGAAAUCGGGCAUUCCGAUGGGGUUCGGCGUGGCAAUGCCCGUUUUCCCAGCCAAGGGAAACCGGUUUCCAUUGAAGAAGCUCUUCAAGAAUGCCAAGGCGGCAAGGAUCAAUGCCUUGCUCGACUCCAUGAGGGCCUCCUCGCCCACCAGGAGGCCCUCCGAUGCCGACGACCAUGCCUCUUGGAACCUUGAGCACCCGUCGGCCCUCAGCAUGUUCGACGAGAUCGCGAGCGCCGCCAAGGGAAAGCAGAUCGUAGUGUUCUUGGACUACGACGGCACCCUCUCCCCCAUCGUCCCCGACCCCGACCGCGCCUUCAUCACCACCGAGAUGAGAGAAGCUGUGAGAGACGUGGCGAAAUUGUUCCCGACCGCCAUUGUUAGCGGGAGGUGCAGAGCUAAGGUGUACGAUUUCGUGCAAUUGUCGGAGCUCUCGUACGCCGGCAGCCAUGGAAUGGACAUCAAGGCGCCAUCAAAAGGGCACAGGUCACAAAGAAAAGGAAAUGAAAGUGUGCUGUGCCAGCCUGCAAGGGAAUUUCUGCCUAUAAUCGAGGAGGUAUACAGAGGAUUGAUAGAGCAAGUGAAGCAGAUUCCUGGAGCAAAUGUGGAGCACAACAGAUUCUGUCUGUCGGUUCACUACCGGUGCGUAGAGGAGAAGAGAUGGGUGGAGUUGGCGGAUCAAGUGAAGGUGGUGAUGAAGGAGUACCCGCAGCUAAGGGUGAGCCAUGGUAGAAAAGUAUUCGAGAUUCGUCCAACUAUAAAAUGGGACAAGGGCAAUGCGGUGGAGUUCUUGUUGGAAUCAUUAGGCUACCAUGACUCCACUCAUCAUCAUGUGUUGCCCAUCUAUAUAGGCGAUGACACAACCGAUGAAGAUGCCUUCAAAGUUUUGCGAAAGAGGGGUCAAGGACUAGGAAUCCUAGUAUCCAAAACGCCCAAACAAACAAAUGCGUCCUACUCUUUGCAAGAACCAACCGAGGCAAGCAACAAAUUAUCUUUCUUUUUUUUCUUUGGUUUUAAGAUGGAGUAUUAUUUUUUUGUUGGGAUUAGAGUGCAUGUUAACAUCAUACCAUAUUUUUGACAGGUUAUGCACUUCCUAAGACGCUUGGUGGAGUGGAAGAAGGUGUCCUUGCUAAGACAUUAGUGAGACUUGUUGAUGUAGAGAGAGAGAGAGAGAGAGAGAGAGAGAGUUGUAGAGAUAUAAUUACCUGUCCUAGAUGUUUUAUGAGGGAUGGGGUUGAAUUUCUGUAAUUGUUCUUCUUUUUUAAUUUUUUUUAAUUGUAAUUUGACCCCAAAGGGGUUAAUUUUUAUGCAUUUUUCAAAUAUUCGAGUAA